AUGGCCGCCCUUCUUCCCCGAAUCGCCUCGCCUGCAUUGCUUCCUAUUCCAUGCCUACCGUCGUUGGCUGGCCUCGCUGGUCGUCUGCUCCCGACACUUGGCCUCGCUCUCCCCGGUAUCAGCAUCACCAUUCCCACGCUGCUGGACGACAUUUGGGAGGGUAUCUUGCGAGCUGUGCCAAAGAACAAGGUCUCCCACUCGAGGAAGCGAAUGAGACAGCUGGCCAACAAGGGCCUCAAGGAUGUCAACAGUCUUUGCCAGUGCCCAGGCUGCGGUGCCCCUAAGCGCAUGCAUCGUCUAUGUCAAAACUGCCUGGAAGAAAUGAGAGGGAUGUGGAGAUCCGACGAGCGACGAAAGCUAUAG